AUGCGCGUCACUCGGGUCCUCAACGCAUGCGUCGUCACGGCCCUCGCGACGUGGUCCAGUGGCACGUUCGGCUACGACUUCUCGCUCGACAACAAGGCCGAAGCCGACAGUAUCGACGCAAAGUCGCGGCCGACGACACUGAACGAACAGAACCGCAUCUACGGCGGGUCGGCGGCCGACAUUUCCAAGUACCCGUUCAUUGCGAGCCUCAGUGACAGUGUCUCGGGCGGCACGUUCUGCGCCGGGACGCUCAUUGCGCCGCAGUACAUCCUCACGGCCGGCCACUGCAUCACCAUUGGCCUCUUGCCCACUGUCGCCACGUUCGAGUCCAAUUUCAGCUCCGUGGGCGAAGCCAGGCGCGGCGAGCAGGAGGGCGUGGACUUUAACGUCAUUGCAGGCUUUCGCCACCCGCUGUACAACAAGACGGCCCAUCUCUAUGACAUUGGUCUGCUCAAGCUCGAGAAGCCCGUCAAGCGCCCGACGGCAAAGAUGUGUGCUGCUGACGGAUCGGACAAUGAAGUGGGCACGAUGGCCACUGUGUUUGGCUGGGGCAAGACCCCCGAGAGCAACGCCAAGAUGAGCACGCGUCUGAACGAGCUGACGGUUCCAAUCAUCUCGAACGCCGAGUGCGGCAAGUUCGAGCGCUACGUCGGUCGCGUUACUGAAGGUAUGCUCUGCGCUGGUACAGGCGGUGGCCGCGACACGUGCAACGGCGACUCGGGGGGUCCGUUGCUCGUGAACGACGACACGAUCGUUGGGUUCGUGAGCUGGGGAAGCCGCUGCGGCGAACAGGCAGGCAUCUUUACCCGCUUGACGUAUGUGAUGGACUACAUUGAGGGCAUUGUGGCGGGCGGGCGUGGCAAGAAGUACGGCGAGGUCGAGCCUGGCUCGGAGAUUGCACAGAUGAUUGCGGAUGCCGCGGCGUCCGGGAGCGGCAAAGCUGGAACUGCGGCACAGGCUGCAGGGGCCGACGAAUCGGGCUCGAGCAGUAUCGACAUAGCCGCGUUGAUGAAGGACAUGUUUGGCGCGGCUGGGAAGAACCCUGAGAUGACAAAACUGCUGGAAACUAUGGGCCUCCAAAUGUCUGAAGGUGGUGGGCCGGUUAGCGAGAGCGACGAGAUGGGGUCCGCGACGGGCGAGAAGGAGGCACUUGGUGAGGGCGACGGGUUUGAGAUGGGCUCGAAGGAAUUGGAAGAGGACGAGGAGGACCUGGACAAGUUGUACCAGCAGGGACUGCUAUCGGACGGUGGAAGCGAAGACGCUGAGCCCGUCAAGGGAUCGAAGGAACCGGAAGAGGACGAAGAGGACCUGGACAAGUUGUACCAGCAGGGACUGCUGUCGGACGGUGAAGGCGAAGACGCUGAGCCAGUUGCGGGUGCCGGUAAAGCCCUUCGAAAGCCGAGCAAGACAAUGGUGAACGACGACGAAGCUCCUUCUUCGAUGAACGAGGACACGCCGGAUCAAAUGGACGUGGUCGAGCAAAGCGACUUGCAAGGCAGCGGCCGUAUGUAA